UGCUCGGAAGAGGGACUCGGUGUUCGUCGGGGCCGGGAACCCGGGGAAGCGUUGCCAACCCGCGGUGUUUUUUUCUGCCGCCCUCCCACCCUUCUGGUCCAUCCGAGGAGGACGGACGACGCCUUCGUUAAGUUCCGCCCCUGCUCUGUUCCAGGCGCCUCACGCAAUGCUGAAAGCCGUGGUCCUCAUUGGGGGCCCCCAAAAAGGGACUCGCUUCCGGCCCUUGUCUUUUGAAGUACCCAAGCCCCUAUUUCCUGUAGCAGGGGUGCCUAUGAUUCAGCACCACAUUGAGGCAUGCACUAAGGUUCCUAACAUGAAGGAGAUUCUCCUGAUUGGGUUCUAUCAGCCCAACGAAGCCCUCAGCCGCUUCUUGGUGUCAGCCCAGCAAGAGUUCAAGAUUCCCAUCAGGUAUCUACAAGAAUAUGCAGCUCUUGGCACGGGUGGUGGCAUCUACCACUUCCGGGACCAGAUCCUCUCGGGUAGCCCUGAGGCCUUCUUUGUGCUGAACGCUGAUGUCUGUUCCGAAUUCCCUCUAGAAGAGAUGCUAACCUUCCACCGGCUGCGUGGCAAUCCCGAGACCUUCCUCAUGCUAGGCACUACGGCCAACAGAAAGCAGUCUCUGAACUAUGGCUGUAUCGUGGCUAAUGCUGACUCUCAUGAGGUCCUGCACUAUGUGGAGAAGCCCAGCACUUUUGUUAGCGAGCUCAUCAACUGUGGCAUCUACUUGUUCACGCCUGCCAUCUUCCGGCACAUCGGUGCCGUCUUCCAGCGUAACCAGCAGGAGCUGCUUCUAGAGGAGAAUGCCAAUGGCUGGCAGCGAGCGGAGGCCAUCAGAUUGGAGCAGGAUGUGUUCACAGCACUUGCUGGGCAGGGACGCCUCUUUGCUUACAAAACAGAAGGUUUCUGGAGCCAGAUCAAGUCUGCUGGGUCUGCCAUCUAUGCCAGCCGCCUGUACCUGAGCUGCUACAGCCAGUGCCAUCCUGAGAGACUUGCCCAGAACCGUACUGGUGGGCCCACUAUCCGAGGGAAUGUCUACAUCCACCCAACAGCCUCUGUGGAUUCAACUGCUGUGCUAGGCCCCAAUGUCUCCAUUGGGAAAGGGGUAACAAUUGGAGCUGGAGUGCGUGUGCGUGAAUCCAUCAUUCUGCAUGGGGCUUCUCUUCAGGACCACACCUGUGUACUGAACAGCAUUGUGGGCUGGGACAGCACCAUUGGACGAUGGGCUCGUGUGGAGGGCACCCCCAGUGACCCCAACCCUAACGAUCCCUAUGCAAAGAUAGAUAGUGAGACACUUUUUCGAGAUGGCCGCCUCACCCCUUCCAUCACCAUUCUGGGUUGCAAUGUGACCAUCCCUGCUGAAGUGGUCAUUCUGAAUUCCAUUGUCCUUCCCCACAAAGAGCUCAGUCGCAGUUUCAAGAAUCAAAUCAUUCUCUGAAGGACCUAGAUGUAGCCUCCUGCAGCCCCCAAAAGGGAGGGCUGAGCACGUCCUAAUGUGGUCGCAUGUGAUGACAUCAUCAGAUCCACUCUCCAGACCCAUCCUGUCUUCCUGUCUAGACCUGCCGUUCUGGCAUCUCCAGGCCUACUCAUGGACGAGGGAAAAGGAGUUUCUCUCUUGGGCUGCAGGCAUUUGAAAUGAGUCGUUUUCUCUUCAUUCUAGAACUGCUGCAAAUUCUCCUCUGAAAGAAGGAAGCCAGCCAUGGCCUGAGGUCAUGGUGCUACCUGACAAAUGAUGGAAGAAAUGGUGGGAAAGGGGUUUAGAAACAUCAGAGUUGUGGCAUUCUCUCACUCACUAGACCACUCAGACACAAUAGGGCAUAUCUGUAUGACCCCUGCAUCUUAGGAGUUCUCAUUUAACACACCCAAUUCCCAGCAGCCCCACAGCAUCCUGGCUGAUAACCCAGAGUUGGAUGCAGAUAGACUGAGGGCAUUGUAGGGUCAGAGCAGGUGGUGCAGCCCAUGUGGCAAAAAGACUAGCAGAACUCCCAUAGUGUUGCACCCUUUAGCUCCCCCCCCCCUUUUGUUGGGCACUGCUUCUUCCACUGCAAUAGGGCUCUAAACCAGCCUCAGAGGAAGCGGCCAUACGGAUGUUGUCUAAUUUGUCAGUGGUUGCUUAUGUCAAGGAACAGGGUUCCAGCCUUGGACAGAGAGGGGGGCAGCGUGAGAGGCUCAAAGGCUAGGUCUGCUUUCAGAUAACUUCUGCUGCUGGGUGAAGCUUUGAUCUUAAGGCUCCAAUGGAAUGUGGAGAAAUGGUUGGGGGAUCAACAGCAGCUGGAUACGGCAUGCAUUUCUGGAGGAAAGGUGGGGGGGGUGUUAGCUUUCCAUUAAUUUCAAAUAGUUUCCCACGAGGACUGGAGCCUGUGUUCAGCAGGUGCUUUGGGGAUCAAACAGAAUGGAGUCUGUAGCAUGCAGAAGGUAUCCACUUUGCUGUUAGGAUUUGAAGGUGCGGGCACAUUUCUGCUCUGGACUUUACCAUCCGUCCCUUUCAUAAAAGGUUGCAGAGACAGUGGUUACAAAUAGAUUAGAACGUUUUCUUAACAUAAUUUUUACAAGCCCUAUUAAAAUGGUAAAAUCCAGUUUUCUUCGCCAUCACUACAAUGCCUUCUGUCAUGUUGAAUCUUCAAAGCGAUGACUGCAGAAUUAUUCCAGUAGGAAGCCAAAGUCCCACCCUACAUUACAGCUGUAUAGUGAGGGCUGUAGUGGAUGCUAAGGUUCAAAGUACAUAAGUGCCUAAAGACAGCAAUUGUAUUUUAUUUUAUUCAAACAUCUCUAUCCCACCUUUCCAUCCAAUUAGGGCCCUAAAGGUAGUGCAAGGUCAAAAAGUAAUUAAAAAUCAACUUUAAAACAGUACAUAUGUAAAAACAGCAAUCAAAAUAAACAAGGAAUUGCCACACAAAACAAAAAACAAACUUGACCAACUAGUGGAAGACAAUGACAGAAGGAACAAAUUAAUCUUCCUAGGCAGAGAACUCCAUAGUUUUGGUGCCAUAACUGAAAAGGCCCUUUGUCAUGUUUCCAUCUAUCUAGCCUCAGAUGAUCGAGGCGGGGGUGGAGGGUGAGGGACGACCCAAAGCAACUCCCUUUGCUGGGAUCCAAGAGAGGGUUUAGGUCCGCAUUCCUUCCGCAUUGGCUGGCUCCUUCCAGUCUCAAGAAUUUGAGCACACUGGUGAACCAACAGCAGCAGUGGAGGAAAUGGUUGACCUGAAGUGAGGCUGUCACAAGUACAGGCAAUUCCUGCAGGGAGUGGAAUUCCAUUUGCUCAGGUCCUGUUGCAAUACUGUGUGAUUGCCUUGGUCUUGACAUUUAACCAAUUAAAGACCUAUUAUGUGACUAGAGUUCCUUACUGGGAAAGAAGUAGAAUCUUUUCCUCUUUGUAUACAUCCUGCAUUUAUAGGAAUGAGGCCUGAGUAAAUUCACAGUAAUUAAAACCUUUUACACGUCA